CACUGAGGUGGAUAAACCGCUCGAGCGCACACACAAGGAGCCCGUACUGCAGGCUCUCUGGACAGAGUUUGCUCCUACUUUACUGCGGCUGCGGGGGAGACCUACGGACCGCGGAAAAGGAUCCGUUGGACAAUCAGGAGAAGAGAAGGAGCACGGUCUGCAGAUAAACCAUUGUCUUCAACUCAGCAAGCCUGGAGGGUCUCCUUGUCCAGGAGAGUGCUGCUGCAGCAUUUUUCUUCUAACAAAGGAGAGAGGAACUGUAGCUGAUUUGCAGCCAUGCACUGCUUAAGAACUACAGUUGUAAGGCUUUGGCCUUUAACAGCUGUAAAGAUGGCCCAAAGCCUUUCAACACGCCUGGCAGUCGAAGGGGGCUUAAGGACGUUUCAGCCCGUGAGGCACCUAAAUGCACCUCUAGCCUCUGAACCCUUUCUUAAUGGCACCAGCUCUAACUACAUGGAGGAAAUGUACUACGCAUGGCUGGAGAAUCCAAAAAGUGUGCACAAGUCCUGGGAUACAUUUUUCCGUAAUGCCAGUGCCGGGGCUCCACCUGGUGCAGCCUAUCAGAGCCUGCCAUCCCUCAGUAGGACUCCCGAAAGACUGAACAGUGUUCAGGCAGUGGUGGGGACUCAACCCAAUGUGGAGAAGCUUGUGGAGGAUCAUCUGGCAGUACAUUCACUUAUUCGAGCAUAUCAGGUACGAGGGCAUCACAUAGCCAAGCUGGACCCCCUGGACAUUAGCUGUGUAAACUUUGAUGACGCCCCCUGUACUGUUGGUUUCCAGAAUGUUGGCAUUUAUGGGCUGGCUGAAAGUGACUUGGACAAGGUGUUCCGGCUUCCCACCACCACCUUCAUUGGUGGGAAUGAAAGUGCUCUGCCACUUAGAGAGAUCAUACACCGGCUUGAGAUGGCCUACUGUCAACAUAUCGGUGUAGAGUUUAUGUUUAUUAAUGACAUGGAACAGUGUCAAUGGAUCAGACAGAAGUUUGAGACCCCAGGAGUCAUGCAGUGCACUCUGGAGGAGAAGAGGAUCCUGCUAGCCAGAAUGAUCCAGUCAACCAGGUUUGAGGAAUUUCUCCAAAGGAAGUGGUCUUCAGAGAAGCGCUUUGGCCUGGAAGGGUGUGAGUCACUCAUCCCAGCCCUGAAGACCAUCAUCGACAAAUCCAGUCAGAGCGGAGUGGAGAGUGUAAUCAUGGGAAUGCCGCACAGAGGCAGACUGAAUGUACUGGCAAAUGUGAUCCGGAAGGAGCUGGAACAGAUCUUUUGUCAAUUUGACUCUAAGUUAGAGGCUACGGAUGAGGGUUCUGGUGAUGUGAAAUAUCACUUGGGGAUGUAUCACAGGAGGAUGAACCAGGUCAGCAACAAGUACAUCACAUUGUCUCUCAUGGCAAACCCAUCCCACUUGGAGGCUGUUGACCCAGUGGUGCAGGGAAAGACCAAAGCUGAGCAGUUCUACUGUGGAGACACUGAGGGGAAGAGAGUGAUGUCUAUUCUCCUUCACGGCGAUGCUGCAUUUGCAGGUCAGGGUAUUGUGUAUGAAACGUUUCACCUGUCUGACCUGCCGUCCUACACCACACAUGGUACCAUACACGUGGUGGUCAACAACCAGAUUGGUUUCACCACAGAUCCCAGGAUGGCUCGUUCAUCUCCGUACCCGACAGAUGUAGCUCGAGUGGUUAACGCACCUAUCUUUCACGUUAAUGCAGAUGAUCCAGAGGCUGUGAUGUAUGUCUGCAAAGUUGCAGCUGAAUGGAGGAACACAUUCCAUAAGGAUGUUGUUGUAGACCUGGUGUGUUACCGACGUAAUGGCCAUAAUGAGAUGGAUGAGCCCAUGUUCACACAGCCGCUAAUGUACAAGCGCAUCAAGAAGCAGAAAGGAGUCCUGCAGAAAUAUGCUGAAAAAGUCAUUGCUGAAGGAGUUGUCACAACUCAGGAAUACGAGGAGGAAGUAUCCAGAUAUGACAAAAUCUGUGAGAAAGCGUACACUCGCUCCAAAGAUGAAAAGAUCCUACACAUUAAGCACUGGCUGGACUCACCCUGGCCUGGUUUUUUCACAUUGGAGGGUCAGCCUAGAAGCAUGAGCUGUCCUUCAACUGGCAUCAGUGAACAAGAGCUCAGCCACAUUGGCAACAUUGCUGCUUCUGUCCCAGUGGAAGAUUUCACUAUACAUGGAGGGUUGAGUCGUAUCAUAAAGGGACGUGCUAAUAUGGUGAGCCAGCGAGUGUGCGACUGGGCUCUUGGGGAGUAUAUGGCCUUUGGCUCUCUGCUCAAGGAGGGGAUCCAUGUACGUCUUAGUGGUCAGGAUGUGGAGAGGGGCACGUUCAGCCAUCGACACCACGUUCUUCACGACCAAAAUGUUGAUAAGAGGAUCUGCAUCCCAAUGAAUUAUAUUUCCCCCGAUCAAGCUCCUUACACCGUGUGCAAUAGCUCUCUAUCUGAGUAUGGAGUGCUAGGUUUUGAAUUAGGCUUUGCUAUGGCCAGUCCCAAUGCACUGGUUCUGUGGGAGGCCCAGUUUGGAGACUUUCACAAUACAGCUCAGUGCAUCAUCGACCAGUUUCUCAGCUCAGGACAGGCCAAGUGGGUCAGACAGAAUGGCAUAGUGCUGUUGCUUCCUCAUGGCAUGGAGGGAAUGGGUCCAGAGCACUCAUCUGCACGCCCUGAAAGAUUUCUACAGAUGUGCAAUGAUGACCAAGAUGUUUUCCCUAAACUCUCUGAAGACUUUGCCAUGCGUCAGCUUUACGACUGUAACUGGAUCGUUGUGAACUGCUCCACUCCUGCAAACUACUUCCACGUGCUCCGCAGGCAGAUCCUGCUUCCCUUCAGGAAGCCGCUCAUAGUGCUGACUCCAAAGUCGUUGUUGCGCCACCCUGAGGCUAAGUCCAGCUUUGAUGAUAUGCUCCCUGGCACACAUUUCAAGCGUCUAAUCCCAGACGAUGGACCCGCAGCCACCAACCCAGAGAAGGUGAAAAGAGUCAUUUUCUGCACUGGCAAGAUUUACUAUGAACUGAACCGGGAAUGCAAGAACAGAGGCAUGGAUCAGACCAUCGCUAUUGUCCGCAUUGAGCAGCUGUCACCAUUCCCCUUUGAUCUGGUAAAAGCAGAGGCUGAUCGCUAUCCAGAUGCCGAUCUGGUUUGGUGCCAAGAAGAGCACAAGAACCACGGCUACUACGGCUAUGUCAAGCCCCGCAUCUGCACCACCGUCAGCCACACACGCCCUGUCUGGUAUGCUGGUCGUGAGCCUGCAGCAGCUCCAGCGACUGGAAACAAGCACACUCACCUGAUGGAGCUGCAGUGUUUACUGGACACAGCACUGAACUGAACCUGCGGAUAUUCUCAGGGAAACACUGAGAUCUCAUUGUGACCUCCUGCCACUCUGGGAUCUAACCUGCCUGCAGAGCUUCAGAGCACCUGAGCUGGCUUUCCCUCCUUGCCAGCAUUUUGCACUGACAUGUUUUUACUUCACUAUAUUUACAUACAACUGUAACAGCAACUGUAACAACAGGUGAAAUCUUCAAACACACAAUGACUCAACACUGUGAUCUGAACAAUCUCAUGUUUACACAACUAGAGAAAACUCUUCUGAUGAGCUUGUAAUGAAUGUGACAAAUUUUAUUUUUAACACUGGAGAAUUUUUAUUUGCUUAUAUUAAAUAAUUAAUCCAGAUAUUGUAAAAAUAAAUUACACCACACAAUCAUCUGCUAAUGAAAUAUUCAAAUAUUAUUGAUGUGUGGUAGAUGGUUUGAGGUGGGACAAUCAGAAAUAUUAAUAAUGCACAUAUUUAAAGGAAGGCAAGGAUUUUUAAACAUAUUAGCUUUCUUUCAUUUGAGCACACCAAUUUGCUACACAGGAGGACACAGAUCUGUCCAACAGAUCUGGACAACAAACCAAAAUAAUGAAUUUGUUUUUAAAUUGAUUUAGAGGUGCUCACUAGGCAUUCUUUACUGCUAAGUGUUGUUCAUAACUUGCUGGCUGUAUGUUCAUAUUUAAUGUAUAGACAUGAGAGUGGUGUACAUUUGAAAGCGAAAAAAAAAAUCCAAAUGUUAAAUUACACAUUUGUUUUAAUGAAUAUGUUCAGCAGUGCCUUUAAACUACAUACAGCAUGAUAAUGGUCAGUGGGACUGAGGGUUCUGCACAAUGUUCCUGCACUAUUCCAGACAGAGAUCUCUGAUGUUCUGCCUGGAAUCUGCUCAAGGUUGUUCCCUAAUGCUUCUAUUACCACUGGGACCACCGGGGACUUUAUUUUCCUGUUUAGUACAAUCUCGUUCAGGCUCUACAAUUUCUUUUUACAAGUUUUUUUUUCUACAAUUUCUGCACUUUUGUAUGAGUUCAUCAUUUACUUAAAACCGACAGUUUAUUAUCUGCAUGUUUCAGAGGGAAGGAUUACAACUCCAGACUUCACACACACAUAUUAAACAGUUCCCUUUUUUAUACA